UAGGUAUACUGUUACUACCUUGUAUUGCAUUUACUUAAGCUUUGAUUUGGUAUUCUUCUCACUUACUUUAUUGUGAAUCAGAUUUGACGGUGGCCGAAGCGGAGGUUAAGGCCAUACUUCUCUUGCUUGGUCUCACUUACGAGGACCGACCGAAACUUUCCUCUUUCUCGGUGGUUGAAUCCGAAGAUUGCUCUGUUCCUGCCGAUACCGGCGAAGGUUCUGCUACGCAGCUUCAUAGGAAAAGGAAGGCUGUAGUUCCUCCGCCGCAAGGAGGGAGAACGAAGGCGGCCUUGGCCCUUCGGAAGAAACGCCGCGAACUUAUCUCCGAUGAUAUGGCGGCUGAUAAAGACGCCACCGACACCGAAGACACUCAAGGUGAGCCCGGGAUCCAAGAUGAUCCGAAGGUUUCUGUGACCAAUCCCAUCGCUUCGCCGGAACGCAGCGCCAGUGAGCCGGUGGCCAUUCCGGUCCUCGAUCUCGGCGACGACGAGGACGAAACAACUGGUCCUCAAACAGAUGAGGAAAUAAAUUUAGCGGAGGUGGGAAGGGCCGAAGAGCCUGAAGAAUCUAAAGGAGGGGUGGAAUCACUAGAUGUUCCAUUGGACUCUAGCUCAUCUGAAGGCCGAAAGGCCAUUGAUAUCGAAGGUUUGGGCGAGCCCUCGCCCCGUCGAGGUAGCCUUGGCGGCCAGGGCCCUUGGUCUUCCAUUGCCCCUGGAAGCGCUGACGAUUGCGUCAUUCGAGCCGGGUUCCGGGAAGGUGGAGGAGGCGAAGAAGAUUUUCGAUAGUUUGGCCCUUCCCGGACUUGAAAUGCAACUAGCUGAAAAGCCUGCUUCCGAACUUGUAGAUGCCUUCAACGUUCUGUGCUCGAAGGGUACGAUAUUGUCACACAAACACUCAGAGCAGAUCGAGGCUUCAGCGAAGGCGUCGGAGGAGUUAAAGUCCCAGUACCUUGCGCGGGCUGAAAAUGCCGAAGCUCAGCAAAAGGAGCAUAUGCUGAAAGCGAACGAGGCUAUUCUGGUUUCACAGAAUCUUAGCCUUCAACUUGAAGAUCUUGGCUCGAACAAGCGAGACCUAGAGAUCGAGCUAUCCGGUCUUCGCAAAAAUGCUGAAGCUUCCGACGCGAAUUUGCUUGAGCUUCAGCUUAUCAACCAGUCGGAUAAAGAAGAGAUCUCGCGCCUUCGAAACGCACUAGCGAAGGCGGAGCACUUAUAUAGCAUCGCCAUCGCAGAGCAUGCUGAGAAAUUUGAGCCAAAAACAACUGAAGCCAGCGAAGCCUUUCGUCAGACUUUUGCUAAGUUGGGCUCUUCGAUCGGCCGUGCCGCCAAGCGUCCGACAAGUUGGUCUUGAUGGACUUCUUGGUUGGCUUGCUAAAUCCAGCAAGAGCCUUCUCCCAGCCGCCGAAGCAUAUGGUGAUUUCUGUGCUCUGGUCUCUGUUUAAAUAUUUUGAUCACCUUCACUUCCUGCGCAGGUUCCGUCUUCGGACACUGCGCAGGUUGUUGAAGAUGCCAUUUCUUUCAUUAUGAUGAGGGAUAAUUUUUUUUCCUGAUCUUGGUCUUGUUGGGAAACUUUUUGUCGCCUUUACCCUGAAACAAGGUUCGACAAGUACUGGCGAGGAAAGGUUAGGUCUUACGAGAGAAGGAACGCUGAUGCUAAGGCAUUUUGGGAAUCCUUUAACCCUUCGGAAUUAGAGUCUCGAAGGGAGCGUUGAAUUAAUCGUAGAAUCGCACGUGGAGAUUACACUCCGCCGCAUGUAUUUACUGAACCGAAACCUGAGCCGGAGGACGAGAGUCUUGAUCCUCAUCAUGGACCUGUUGGUUAUUGUUAUGUUCGAAGGCCUCCACCUUCGUAAGAAAUUCAUGACUCCGAAGAUGAUUUCGGCUCGUUUGUUACUUCCUCUGCAACCUCUUCGUACAGCUUUGAGGAGUCUCCGUUAGACCCAUUUGAACCUUUUCAUGCAAGCGAAGGCACCGCAUUUCAAUUCAGGGUUAGCCAGCUGUAUAAGGAUCUUCUUGAUCCGUGUAUUGAUGAAUUCGUUGAAUAAA